UGCCUUUGACGUGUAGUGGUCCCUUCCUGCUUGCCUUUUCCCUUUUCUUUCUUGUGAUCAACGCUUCAUAGGCUUGAAAGCAAAAGUUUCUUCUCUGAAAGCCACAUAGAAAGGACACAGUGCUGUUAGAAACGGCUCCAUUUUAACUAUUAUGGCUGGUAGCACCAUCAAGACUGUGCACGAUAUUUUUCAAAGCAUGGAGUAUGGACCAGCAGCAGCUUCAACCACUGCCACCGCACAGGCCUGGCUGGAUCAUCACUCUCGUUCCCUGGGUCUGUUUAUUGAUGGCAAGUUUAUUCAUCCAGCAGGCAGACAGAGUCGCUCCUUGACUGAUUCUAAAGGUGGAAUUGUGUGCAGCACAGUGUGUGCUGCAGAGGACGAUGCCUCUCAAUGUGCGUCCUCUGCUGUCAGUGGCUACAAGGCCUGGAGUGGACUGUCCUGCUACCAGAGAGCCAAAAUGCUGCUCAAACUGGUGAGCCUUCUCGGGCAGCACGGUCAGUGUGUGUCAGAGCUGUGUGAGGCUUGCGGGGCCUCCUGCUCACCUUCCACCCUCAUCAGACUGCUGCAGUACUACAGCAGCUGGGCUCAGCUCAGAGACACCCUCAUCAGCAACUGGACUCCACUUGGUGUAGUUGCAGUGGUUGUGUCCGAUGACUGCUCUCUCUAUUCCCUUAUGCUCAAAGUCCUACCAGCACUGGCCAUGGGAAACUCUGUCAUUGUUGUCCCUGGUCAGAGCACAGCACCUCCUGUGCUGCUUCUUGCCCAGCUUUUUACAGGAGCAGGGCUUCCUGCUGGGGCUCUAAAUGUUUUAACAGGAAGUGAUGUGUCACUGGGUGCCAAAGUGGCCCAGAGCCCCAGCAUCAGUUAUCUUACCUACAGUGGCAACAAGCAGGAUGGGCUGAUGCUGUGUAAGGCCACAGCUGGGUUGGGCAUUCCUAUUUCUUUUUCACCCUUCAUUGGUGCUAGAUGUCCCUUUAUCAUCUUUGAAUCUGCCGACAUCGAUAGUGCAGUUGAUGGAGUGAUAGAAACUGCUUUCAGGAAGAAAAGAGAGGUCCACUGGGUGUUGUGCGUUCAGGAGAGCGUGCUGGACAGUGUUGUGGCCCGUCUCAAGCUGCGCUUGGCAGGCAUGAAAUGUGUGGGCUUGAACAGCCAUGAAGAAAGAGCCUUGGUGGACUCUGCAGUACUAGAAGCUCAGCAGCAGGGGGCCACGUUGGUUCAGUCCUGUGCUGCACCCUCAUCAGGUUCCCAGUACCCUCCAACAGUGCUUUGUGGUACAGCCCCCUCCUCUCCAUGUGUGGUCAAUCCCUCUAAUGGACCACUGCUGCCUCUCAUGACCUUCAGAAGCAAUUCAGAAGCAGUUACGCUCGGAAACCACAGUCCUCAUGGCAAGGCAGCCUCUAUCUGGACUGAAGACCUCACCCUGGCUCUGGAGACAGCUAAGAGUCUGUCAGUGGGCUCAGUUUGGGUGAAUUCCCACUCAGUGUCUGACCCCUGUCUACCUGUCUCUGGUCACAAAGACAGUGGGACCUGCACUGAUGGAGGACAAGAGGGUCUCUACCAGUUUCUGCGCCUAUCCUCUUCUUCCUCCCCUCUUUCUCGCUCGCUCCCCGUCUCUCUGGACUACACAAAGUUUGGAACAGCAGCAUCUCCAGCUGUCCUUCCUAAUGAGUCAGAUUCUUCCAGUGCUCCUAAGCCUUACUUACAGUUUGUUGGGGGUAAGGCAUGUAAAUCGGUGUCUGGCUGCAGUGUGGCAGUGCAGUCACCAGGGGGCGGUAAUGUGUUAGCCUACUGUCCAGAUGGAGGACGGAAAGAUGUGCGUAAUGCUGUGGAGGCUGCUAUCAAAGUCCAGCCAGGUUGGAUGAAAAAGAGUCCUCCUGCACGCGCUCAGUCACUUUACUCUCUGGCUAAGGGCCUGGAAUCAAAGAGGAAGGACAUAGCUACAUCAAUCAAUAUCCAGACCGGUUUCUCAUUGGAUGAAGCAGAUAGGGAGGUUGAACUCGGCAUCAGUAAACUAAGUGACUGGGCAGCUUACUGUGACAAAGUCAAAGGGGGAACCUUGCCCAUGCCUCAGUCUGGCUCAGCUCUCUCCUAUGCUGAGGCCUUAGGAGUGGUAGGGGUUUUCCUCCCUGACAAGAAUCCCCUCCUGUCCAUGGUGACACUUCUUGGGGCAGCUAUCGCAACUGGCAAUGCUGUUAUCUUGGUCCCCAGUCAGAAGUACCCACUACCUGCUUUAGCAUUUAUCCAGGUCCUCCAGGCUUCAGACCUACCAGCAGGUUUGGUAAAUGUCAUUACUGGAAGUAGAGACCAACUGACAGUGGCUCUGGCUAAUCACAGUGUCAUCAAGGCCAUCUGGUAUUGGGGCAGUGCUGAGGGCUGUCAAUACCUCCAGCAUACCUGCACUAGCCCCCUGAAAACACUGCGCCUGUUCCGUCAAAACGAUGAUGGGGAGGAUGGAGGAAACGACUGGUGUCAUCCACUGGUCCUGGAGGAGAUGUGGAGGAAUGCAGUUCAGUGGAAAAGUGUCUGGAUUCCCACAGCAUAAAAAAAACUAAUGGAGGGUAAAUGUUAAAUGUAAAUGUUAAGAAGGAAAAUUGUAUAAUCAUCCUCUAUACUGUGAACUGUGACCUUUAGACUAAAUGGAAGGAACAUUUAAAACAAGAUGUUUGUGGGAUUACCUUAACUCAAAGUACACUAACACCCUCCUCAGUUAGUGUUGCUACACCUGUCAAGCUUGUUUUGCUGACAGAGACAGUUUAUGAUGUCAUGACUUCACUCUCAUAUCACUGAACAGCUUUUAUUUAGCAUGGAAACUGUUUACAUUUAACAACUGAGUCAGCCAAAUACUAACGAUUGGUUUUAAAAGCAAUACUACAGUUUUAGGCUAUGGUUGUUAGGCUGAGAGUAGAUAAAAGCUGUGUUUUUAAUAGCUACUUCUUGUUGGCCAUUGUUACAACAUGUUAUGGCCGAGUAUCUUUGCAACAGAUAUGAAACAUAAUUGAAGUCUAAGGUAUAUAUAACAGGUAUGUAACAGGCUUGCAGAAAAACUGGAAUCCACGAAUUCAGACAAAUAAGGUAAAAAAUUGAGAUAUUCAAGGAAAUUUAUGGAAAUUUAUUUAUAAUGUAUGCUGUAAAUCCACAGAUGUUCAAAAGCUUUCAAAGAGAUUGUUUUUCCCAUAAAUUAGCUUGAAACUUAAAAUUAUGAGAAUAUACAAAACAUUUUUCUUCAAUUGAAAUAAAGUUUUACAAAAUCAAAAAUCACUGAAGUUCCCCCACAUGUGGAUCAAAGCGCUCCUACAAAUCACAUCUUGUCAAAACAAAAGUUAAUAUCUCUUCUUAUUCAAUUACAAAAGAUUAAACGCAAUAGAUGUUACAUGAAGGUUGCCAUAGAAGAAGCUACAGAGGUUUAAUCUGGAGCAGAAGAAGCCACAGAGGUUUAUUCUGGAGCAGAAGAAACCACAGAGGUUUAAUCUGGAGCAGAAGAAACCACAGAGGUUUACUCUGUAGCAGAAGAAGCUACAGAGGUUUGAUUUGGGCUGAAUUUGAAGAUAAAACAUAAAGCAACUAAAAGAGAUGACACUGAAUUGAAGAAGGUUUUAGAUGGAACUUGUUGAAGAUUAUAUGUGUGGAGAGGGGUGAAAUUUUCCUUUGGUCCAACAAAGACAGGCAUUCUAGGUCAUUCCUACUAGUGCCAAGUCCACCUGACAUUUGCUAUUGCUCUGCUGUUUCUGCAAUGGUAAACACAUGACUAAGACUUUCUACCUCUCUUUUGCAAUCAUGCUUAUUUUUUAUUUAGUCACCACACCUCUGCAUGAUUUAUCACAAGUAUCUUGGUUUUAAGGUUUGUCUUUCCAGACAACUUUACAGGUACCUAGUCCCUAGAUAAAAAAGUAUUCAAAGCACUUUUGAUCAUUUGAACUACCUUAGCUGAGUUAUAAGGAUAUCAUUAUUUUGUUAAAACAUUUUGGUUAAAGUAGAUGCAUUUCUUACAACUUACAUCUUUUUCAGUCUUCAACUUGAAUCUUCACCCGCCUUACAGUUCUCUGAACAAAAGUCUUUGGAUCAUGUUUUGAUUCAAUCUGAAUAUGCAAAUACUCUGUACUGUAUAUCAUUAUUACUGUAUAAUUAUGCUGUAGUUUGAUGCCAUGGAGCUAUUCUUUAAGCGACAUUCCCUGUAAAAUGGUAGCUUGUUUUAAUAUCCUCCCCUCGCAUUGUCAGAAGGUUUCACACAGAUCUGUUAAAGGGCUUAAGGCACUGUGGGCCUUGUGGUCUGUAUUCCAUCAAUAAAAGAAGAUACUGUUUAA